UUGGGUGUUAACGGCAUGCCAUCUUACCCCAAAGUAAAUUAUACGAAAUACAGUAAGAAAGAGAAAGAUCAAAACAUGGGAGGCGUAGAUUCUGUGCAUGAUGUCAAAACACCGGAUCAAGAUGACGCAACCGAAAUUACCGAAUGGGGCAAAUUUUUCGGGGAGUUGAUACAUGAGACAACAUCAAUGAAAGUUUGGCCAAAAGCGCUGAAGAAGAACGCUCGAGUUUCUGCUAGUGUUGAAACUCAGACUCGUUCCUGGACUGUUUGGAAAUCGGACAGCAGUUUCCAUGUGAUAUUUGGGGUUUCUACGUGUAAAGAUCCAAUGAAGUAUUUCUUCAUGAAACCGAAGCGAAGCAAGUUGAAAAAGUUGAAAUUUAAAUUAACAAGAGGCAAGGAUCCGGUCAAGAAGCCCCCAGACGAAAACGACAAACGAGUUUUUGUCAUGGAAACAAAUCCUAUCGAUGGCAAGAACGUGUUAAAGCACUUACGGUCAAACAAAUACUUAUUUUGCACUGCUAACGGUAAUUUGGACAUGAGCAAAAAUAAAGAAAAGGCAAGCAGAUGGGAAAUCACAGACGCCCCAGAAUCGAGAAUAUGCACUACUGAUUGACAUCCACGAUUUGGAACUUUUAUUUGAAAGUGACUUAACAACUAAAUGCAUUCCAAUUGGUACGUGAUACAAACUAAGCUUCAUAUUUCUCCCGCAUAGUCUAUAUAUAACCCAAAAAGUAUAUAUACGCACACGUUUAUACGCGUGACCAGCAUUGUCCAAUUUGGAAAUGCCGUUUCGUAUCUAACGUUUUGUGCGAUGAUUAAAUUUUAAAUGUAAGUAUUCGCAAAAUGUCACUAUUAAUGAAAAUUGUUCUGUAGAUCGAAUUUUAAAAAUUAUUCUUUUUCGUUUUGCUUGGUGAUGUACAUACAUAUUGAACUCUCAAUAAACAUAAAGAACUAAAUAGUUAAAA